AACAAAACAAAACAAAAAAACAAAAGGACAAAAUCCCACAUUCUCUGUAAGGAGAAAAUCGAAAUGCACUCUGUUAAGAAUUUAUUUUGGAUGAGCUACCCACUUGCUGAGAUAGGGGAAAAUCCAGAACAAAACAACAAAAAUUCACAUAUGGCAUUAUACAUGUUAUGAUGCAGUGUCAAUUUCUAGACUUUUGAGGAAACAAAGAAUUAUUCUAGAGAGAAAUAUAUUGAAAUAUACCUGGCCUUAUUUCCACCUUUCUGACUAUACCCGCUCCAGAAGCGGCCAGUGGGAAAGCCCAGUGCUGUGCCAGCCUGCGAUGGAGAGGUUACCUAGAUUGAGGGUAUUCGGAAAUGUAUUGUAAAGUAUCGUCAGCAUCUCUAACGGAAGAAAGAAGGGUCCAGGAGCGAUGGGAAAUCGGCCAGCUUUUAGCUGGCUCUCUUCUUCAAUUUGCUGAAAAGAAGGAAAGGAAAUGGUGUGACUGUUCCUCAACAGUGCAGGAUGGUUUGUGUGAGGAGAAGCCUGUAAGAGUUCCCAUUUAUUCUUUGUACCACUUGUUAGGAUUACAGUUAAAAAUCACACUAAAAAAUUUUUUUUAUCAUGAAGACACAAAUAUGAUUUAUCUUCUUUUGUAUAUGAGUUACCUUUUUUUUUUUAAAGAUUUAUUUAUUUUUUGAAAGAGUUAUACAGAGAAGAGAGGCAGAGAGAAAGAGAGAUCUUCCAUCUGCUGGUUCACUCCCCAGUUGGCCGCAAUGGGCGGAGCUGCUCCGAUCCGAAGCCAGGAGAUUCUUCCAUGUCUCCCACGUGGGUGCAGGGGCUCAAGGACUUGGGCCAUCUUCUACUGUUUUCCCAGGCCAUAGCAGGGAGCUGGAUGAGAAGUGGAGCAGCCAGGUCUCGAACUGGCGCCCAUAUGGGAUGCCGGUGCUUCAGGCCAGAGCGUUAACCCACUGUGCCACAGCGCCAGCCCCAUGAGUUUCCAUUUAAUUCUUCACAUAAUCCCACCCCAGUUCCCCUUCCCCUCAAAGGCAGUGGAGACACUUUAUGGAAUUCUUUCUUCUGGAGAUAGCUUGUCUGGAACAUAUGUACAUAAGUAUACAUAGUAGGAACAUAACUACAUCGGUGCACAUAGUAGGCCCUCAGGAGAACUAUGUGACCAGAAUGGUUUCCAUGUGGUUCUCAGCGUGAGGUCCAUUUGUAGGAGGAACGGAGCACCAUGGUCCCUAAAUCUUUCCCUUCUCGUUUUCCAUCCCUCGCUAGCAGACUACAAGGCACCCUACAGGGGAGAAGAGAUGAUCUUUGAUUUCCAAACCAGAAAUAUGGCGAGUAGCUGUGGUUGGGCAGGAGCUCACACAUGGCACUCUCUGAAGCAGGUAAACACAGCGACGCCACAGAACCCCAACAAGAUCCUGGUGUGUGUCACUGGACUUUGUGCUCUGUGCUUUACAAACAGGUCAAAUGCAUCAACCUGCAGAAUGAUGGACUUUCAUGUUAGAAACACGUGUACUGAGCCUUUCUAAUAGUAUAUCAUGGGGUUGUGCGUGUUUUUUGUUAUUUUUGUCUGCUCAUUUUGUUGGUGAAAUUAGGGUUUCUUCCUAGAGCCCACCUAUCUUAGGCCCAAGUCUGUCAUUUCAGCAGUCCUUGGCUAAAGCUGCUACUGUGGAUACUGCGUGUGUAAAUGAUUCCCAAACUUAGAUUCCUUCCAGCACGUGCAUCCGCACAGAGGACCCCAGCAGGCCUGAGCAUUGCUGCUGCUUCGCUUCACAUAAUGAAUAUUCAGAGGCUGCAGUCGCUGAGGACUCAGGUGGCAGAAAUAGUAAGGUGAUUGAAGCAGCCCCUAAUAUGCAAGCCCAAUCUGCAUUUCAGCCAUCAGACACUCCGAUGACAGCACAUUCCCCAUUCUCUGCCCCUCGGACCGCAUGAGAGCAGAGUCCUGGGGAACCUCCCAUGAAUCGGACAUCUGUUCCGUGCACCAACAUGCUCACGUCUUUCUGUAUGAUGUGUUGUAAUCAGCAUGUUGUUUGUAAAAGACAACAAGCCCUUCUGUAGUCCUCUCCACAAAAUGCAUUUAGGCCGAUCGUUCAGCAUAAAGGACGCACUGUUGAGACCGGCAAUGCGUGCAUUGUUUUCCCUAUAAUGCAGUCAAGAUCUUCAUAGCAAAAUCUAGUGUGUUUUUUGAAAUCUUAUUUUAUAUGUUUUGUCACCCUCAGCAGUUGAACUAAAGUAGGAACUGCUCCAUUCUACCACGGGUUAAAUUAUGCUCUGUGCAGAUCUGGUGGCGAUGCAUAAAUUGCAGCCCUUUCUUUUUUUCGAAGGAUUCUAAAAUAGGUUUUCAGAAUUAGUGCUGGAUUUUUGCUUCUGUAUGUGUGGUGACUCUUGAUUUUCUCCCUUCGGAGAAGCAUCCUUUGCAGCAGUCCCCCUUCCGAGGAGUCACUUAGACACUUCCAGCUGGUGGCUCGGGAUCCAGCCAUAAUAGAGCUUCCUCGGUCCCAGCUGUCUUCACUACGGUAAAUGCAUUACGAUGGCUGCACUCUCCCGCAGGGGUUCAGGUAGAGGAAGGUGGAGGAUGAAGUCUGGACCCCGUCCUUUUGGUUUUUAAAAGCUUCAGCUUCGCCAGCAUCUUUGCAUUUUGAAUGUCUUCCUGCUUCAGUCAGAGCCUCCUCUCCAGUGAGUGGAAUGCUGCUGUCCGCCUGAUUAGAGGUGCCUGAGGAUAUCACCUUGUACCAGGAAGCCCUGCGUGCUUGAGAGAAUCGCUGUAAGUGCAGUAUGGCUCAUGCAGCCUCACAAUUAAAGAAGAACAGGGAUUUAGAGAUCAAUGCCGAAGAAGAGACCGAGAAGAAAAGGAAACACCGCAAACGGUCCCGGGAUCGGAAGAAAAAGUCUGAUGCCAAUGCAAGUUACUUAAGAGCAGCUCGAGCUGGACACCUAGAAAAAGCUCUUGACUACAUAAAAAAUGGAGUCGACAUCAACAUUUGCAAUCAGAAUGGGUUGAACGCUCUCCAUCUUGCUUCCAAAGAAGGCCACGUUGAAGUCGUUUCUGAGCUGCUACAGAGAGAAGCCAAUGUGGAUGCAGCCACAAAGAAAGGUAACACAGCAUUGCACAUCGCAUCUUUGGCUGGGCAAGCAGAAGUGGUCAAGGUCUUGGUUACAAAUGGAGCCAAUGUCAAUGCACAAUCUCAGAAUGGUUUCACACCAUUGUAUAUGGCCGCCCAGGAAAACCACCUGGAAGUUGUCAAGUUUCUGCUUGACAAUGGUGCAAGCCAGAGCCUUGCCACUGAGGACGGCUUCACCCCAUUGGCAGUCGCAUUGCAGCAAGGUCACGACCAAGUAGUUUCCCUCCUGCUAGAAAAUGAUACAAAAGGGAAAGUGCGUCUUCCAGCUCUUCACAUUGCUGCCCGCAAAGAUGACACGAAAGCCGCCGCCCUUCUGCUGCAGAAUGACAACAACGCAGACGUGGAGUCAAAGAGUGGCUUCACUCCGCUCCACAUAGCUGCUCACUAUGGGAAUAUCAACGUAGCCACGUUGCUGUUAAACCGAGCGGCUGCUGUGGAUUUCACUGCAAGGAAUGACAUCACUCCUUUACAUGUGGCUUCAAAAAGAGGAAAUGCAAAUAUGGUAAAGCUGUUGCUUGAUCGAGGAGCUAAAAUCGAUGCCAAAACCAGGGACGGCCUGACGCCACUGCACUGUGGGGCGAGGAGCGGCCAUGAGCAGGUGGUGGAGAUGCUGCUGGACCGAGCCGCCCCUAUUCUCUCAAAAACCAAGAAUGGACUGUCUCCAUUGCACAUGGCCACGCAAGGGGAUCAUUUGAAUUGUGUCCAGCUUCUCCUCCAGCAUAACGUGCCUGUGGAUGAUGUCACCAAUGACUACCUGACCGCCCUACAUGUGGCCGCCCACUGUGGCCAUUACAAAGUCGCCAAGGUUCUGUUGGAUAAGAAAGCUAACCCCAAUGCCAAAGCCCUGAAUGGCUUUACCCCUCUGCAUAUUGCCUGCAAGAAGAACCGAAUUAAAGUAAUGGAACUCCUUCUGAAACACGGUGCAUCCAUCCAAGCCGUAACCGAGUCGGGCCUUACCCCAAUCCAUGUUGCUGCCUUCAUGGGCCAUGUAAAUAUUGUAUCGCAGCUAAUGCAUCAUGGAGCCUCACCAAACACCACCAACGUGAGAGGAGAAACUGCACUGCAUAUGGCAGCCCGGUCUGGCCAAGCGGAAGUUGUGCGGUAUCUGGUGCAGGAUGGAGCUCAGGUAGAAGCUAAAGCCAAGGAUGACCAAACCCCACUCCACAUUUCAGCCCGACUGGGGAAGGCAGAUAUAGUCCAACAACUGCUGCAGCAAGGAGCAUCUCCCAACGCAGCCACCACUUCAGGGUACACCCCGCUUCACCUUUCAGCCCGGGAGGGCCACGAGGACGUAGCCGCAUUCCUCCUGGAUCACGGAGCGUCUUUGUCUAUAACAACAAAGAAAGGAUUUACUCCCCUUCACGUGGCAGCAAAAUACGGGAAGCUUGAAGUAGCCAACCUCCUGCUACAGAAAAGUGCGUCUCCUGAUGCUGCCGGAAAGAGCGGGCUAACUCCACUGCAUGUAGCUGCACAUUACGAUAAUCAGAAAGUGGCCCUUCUGCUUCUGGACCAAGGAGCCUCACCUCACGCAGCCGCAAAGAAUGGUUAUACGCCCCUGCACAUCGCUGCCCAGAAGAACCAGAUGGACAUAGCGACAACUCUGCUGGAAUAUGGCGCUGAUGCCAACGCAGUUACCCGGCAAGGAAUUGCUUCUGUCCACCUUGCAGCUCAGGAAGGGCAUGUGGACAUGGUGUCACUGCUCCUCGGAAGAAAUGCAAACGUGAACCUGAGCAAUAAGAGUGGCCUCACCCCACUCCAUUUGGCUGCUCAAGAAGACAGAGUGAAUGUGGCUGAAGUCCUUGUCAACCAAGGGGCACAUGUGGAUGCCCAGACAAAGAUGGGAUACACACCGCUACAUGUAGGCUGCCACUAUGGCAACAUCAAGAUCGUGAAUUUCCUGCUGCAGCAUUCUGCGAAGGUGAACGCCAAGACAAAGAACGGGUACACGCCACUGCAUCAGGCAGCACAGCAGGGACACACACACAUCAUAAACGUCUUGCUGCAGAACAAUGCCUCCCCCAAUGAGCUCACUGUGAAUGGGAAUACUGCUCUGGCCAUUGCCCGACGCCUUGGCUACAUCUCCGUGGUUGACACUCUGAAGGUGGUGACUGAAGAGACCAUAACCACAACUACCAUCACAGAGAAGCACAAAAUGAAUGUUCCAGAAACAAUGAAUGAAGUUCUUGAUAUGUCUGAUGAUGAAGUGCGUAAAGCCAACGCCCCUGAAAUGCUCAGUGAUGGCGAAUAUAUCUCAGAUGUUGAAGAAGGUGAGGAUGCCAUGACGGGGGACACAGACAAGUAUCUUGGGCCGCAGGACCUUAAGGAACUGGGCGAUGACUCCCUGCCCGCAGAGGGCUACAUGGGCUUCAGCCUUGGAGCCCGCUCUGCCAGCCUCCGCUCCUUCAGUUCGGAUAGGUCUUACACCUUGAACAGAAGCUCCUAUGCGCGGGACAGCAUGAUGAUCGAAGAACUCCUCGUACCAUCCAAAGAGCAGCAUCUAACGUUUACGAGGGAAUUUGAUUCAGAUUCCCUUAGACAUUACAGCUGGGCUGCAGACACCUUAGACAAUGUCAAUCUUGUCUCAAGCCCUAUUCAUUCAGGGUUUCUGGUUAGCUUUAUGGUGGAUGCAAGAGGUGGCUCCAUGAGAGGCAGCCGGCACCAUGGGAUGCGAAUCAUCAUUCCUCCACGCAAGUGUACAGCCCCAACCCGAAUCACCUGCCGUUUGGUAAAGAGGCAUAAACUGGCCAACCCACCCCCUAUGGUGGAAGGAGAGGGAUUAGCCAGUAGGCUGGUAGAAAUGGGUCCUGCUGGGGCACAAUUUUUAGGCCCUGUCAUAGUGGAAAUCCCUCACUUUGGGUCCAUGAGAGGAAAAGAGAGAGAACUCAUAGUUCUUCGAAGUGAAAAUGGUGAAACAUGGAAGGAGCAUCAGUUUGACAGUAAAAAUGAAGAUUUAACUGAACUGCUUAAUGGCAUGGAUGAAGAACUCGAUAGCCCGGAAGAGUUGGGGAAGAAGCGGAUCUGCAGGAUUAUCACUAAGGAUUUCCCCCAGUAUUUUGCAGUGGUUUCACGGAUUAAGCAGGAAAGCAACCAGAUUGGCCCUGAAGGGGGAAUUCUGAGCAGCACCACUGUGCCCCUGGUCCAGGCGUCAUUCCCAGAGGGCGCUCUGACCAAAAGAAUCCGAGUGGGCCUCCAGGCUCAGCCUGUUCCAGAUGAAAUUGUGAAAAAGAUCCUGGGAAACAAAGCAACAUUCAGCCCAAUUGUGACCGUGGAACCAAGAAGAAGAAAAUUCCAUAAACCAAUCACAAUGACCAUUCCGGUGCCCCCACCAUCAGGAGAAGGUGUAUCCAAUGGAUACAAGGGGGAUACCACGCCCAACCUGCGUCUUCUCUGUAGCAUCACAGGGGGCACCUCGCCGGCUCAGUGGGAAGACAUCACAGGCACGACUCCUUUGACCUUUAUAAAGGAUUGUGUCUCUUUUACAACCAAUGUUUCAGCCAGAUUUUGGCUUGCAGACUGCCACCAAGUUCUAGAAACUGUUGGGCUAGCCACGCAGCUAUACAGAGAAUUAAUAUGUGUCCCAUAUAUGGCCAAGUUUGUUGUUUUUGCCAAAAUGAAUGAUCCUGUGGAAUCCUCCCUGCGAUGUUUCUGCAUGACAGAUGACAAAGUGGAUAAAACUUUGGAGCAGCAAGAAAACUUUGAGGAAGUCGCAAGAAGCAAAGAUAUUGAGGUUCUAGAAGGAAAACCUAUUUAUGUUGAUUGUUAUGGAAAUCUGGCCCCACUUACCAAAGGAGGACAACAACUUGUUUUUAACUUUUAUGCUUUCAAAGAAAAUAGACUGCCAUUUUCCAUCAAGAUUAGAGACACCAGCCAAGAGCCCUGUGGCCGUCUGUCUUUUCUGAAGGAACCAAAGACAACAAAAGGACUGCCCCAAACAGCUGUUUGCAACUUAAAUAUCACUCUGCCAGCACAUAAAAAGGAGACAGAGUCAGAUCAAGAUGAUGAGGCUGAGAAAGCAGAUAGACGCCAGAGCUUUGCAUCUUUAGCUUUACGUAAGCGCUACAGCUACUUGACUGAGCCUGGAAUGAUUGAACGGAGUGCAGGAGCAACAAGAUCCCUCCCUACCACUUACUCAUACAAGCCAUUCUUUUCUACAAGACCAUACCAGUCCUGGACAACAGCUCCGAACACAGUGCCUGGGCCGGCCAAGUCAGGCUUCACUUCCUUAUCAAGUUCUUCCUCUAAUACGCCGUCCGCUUCUCCAUUAAAAUCGAUAUGGUCUGUUUCGACUCCCUCUCCAAUCAAAUCCACCUUAGGAGCGUCAACUACAUCUUCAGUUAAAUCCAUUAGUGACGUGGCAUCUCCGAUUAGAUCUUUUCGGACAAUUUCUUCGCCAAUAAAAACGGUGGUGUCACAAUCUCCAUACAAUCUCCAAGUUUCCUCUGGUACCCUGGUUAGACCUCCCACAGUCACAGAGGCCACGCCCUUAAAAGGGCUGGCAUCCAACUCUACGUUUUCCUCUCGAACCUCUCCAGUGACUACAGGAGGGUCCCUGCUGGAGAGGUCGUCAAUUACCAUGACACCCCCGGCUUCCCCCAAAUCCAACCUUAACAUGUAUUCCUCCAGUUUGCCAUUUAAGUCCAUCAUUACAUCAGCAACACCGCUGAUCUCGUCGCCUUUAAAGUCAGCGGUGGCUCCAGCUCAGUCGGCAGUCGAUGUCAUUUCAUCCGCUAAAGUCACGAUGGCAUCUGCUCUGUCGUCACCCUUGAAACAGAUGCCCGGACAUGCAGAGGUAGCUUUAGUCAAUGGCUCGGUUUCUCCUCUGAAAUAUCCAUCGUCUUCAACUUUAAUUAACGGAUGCAAAGCCACUGCCACGUUACAGGACAAAAUUUCCACAGCUACAAACUCUGUAGUGAACGCAGCCACUGACACGGUUGAUAAAGUAUUUGCCACCACGACAGCGAUGCCAUUUUCCCCACUCAGGUCAUACGUCCCCGCAGCGGCCCCAUCAGCUUUUCCGUCUCUAAGAACUCCUUCCGCAAGUGCUCUCUAUACAUCCCUCGGGUCAUCGCUCUCCGCAACUACCUCCUCUGUAACUUCAUCAAUUAUCACAGUGCCAGUAUACUCUGUAGUCAAUGUUUUGCCAGAACCAGCCCUAAAGAAACUUCCAGACUCGAAUUCACUCACCAAAUCAGCAGCCGCCUUGCUGUCGCCCAUUAAAACAUUGACUACGGAGACACGCCCCCAGCCCCAUUUCAAUCGAACUUCAUCUCCGGUUAAGUCAUCCCUGUUCCUUACGCCCUCUUCCCUAAAGUUGUCCACACCGUCUUCUCUAUCUUCCAGUCAGGAGAUAUUAAAAGACGUGGCCGAAAUGAAAGAGGACCUAAUGCGGAUGACCGCAAUACUGCAGACGGAUGUGCCCGAGGAGAAGCCGUUCCCCCCCGAGCUCCCCAGGGAAGGGAGGAUGGAGGACGAAGAACCUUUCAAAAUUGUGGAGAAAGUAAAGGAAGACUUAGUGAAAGUCAGCGAGAUCCUGAAGAAGGAUGUAUGUGUGGAUGACAAAGGAUCGCCCAAGUCCCCCAAGAGUGACCAAGGACGCUCUCCCGAAGAGGACUGGACCGAGUUUAGUUCGGAAGAAAUCCGGGAGGCCAGACAGGCUGCAGCCAGCCAUGCCCCGUCCCUGCCCGAGAGGGUGCAAGUCAAGGCGAAAGCCGCCUCGGAGAAGGAUUAUAACCUGACCAAAGUCAUCGAUUACCUGACUAACGAUAUUGGGAGCGGCUCCCUGACAAAUCUCAAGUACAAGUUCGAGGAUGCAAAGAAGGACGGCGAGGAGAGACAGAAGAGAAUUUUAAAACCAGCGAUGGCUUUGCAGGAACACAAACUCAAAAUGCCUCCAGCCUCCGUGAGGCCGUCCACCUCUGAGAAAGAGCUGUGUAAGAUGGCCGAUUCCUUCUUUGGCACGGAUACGAUUCUCGAGUCGCCGGACGACUUCUCUCAACAUGACCAAGAUAAAAGUCCCUUGUCUGACAGCGGCUUUGAAACGAGAAGCGAGAAAACCCCUUCGGCCCCGCAGAGCGCCGAGAGCACGGGGCCCAAACCGCUUUUUCACGAGGUCCCCAUCCCGCCUGUCAUCACGGAGACCAGAACGGAAGUGGUUCACGUGAUCCGGAGCUACGAGCCCUCGGCGGGGGAGGCUCCCCAGUCCCAGCCAGAGGAGCCUGGGUCCCCCAAGCCCUCGCCUACCUUUACGGAGCUGGAGCCAAAGCCCGCCCCCUCCAGCAUCAAGGAGAAGGUGAAAGCCUUCCAGAUGAAAGCCAACGGCGAAGACGAGGAGCCCAGCCGGGUGCUGGGCAAAGGCGUGCGCGUCAAAGAGGAGACCCACAUCACGACCACCACCCGGAUGGUGUACCAUUCCCCACCCGGCAGCGAGGGCAGCUCCGAGAGGAUCGAGGAGACCAUGUCGGUCCACGACAUCAUGAAGGCCUUUCAGUCUGGGCGCGACCCUUCCAAAGAGCUGGCAGGUCUGUUUGAGCAUAAGUCGGCAGUGUCUCCAGACGGUCACAGGUGUGCGGCUGAAGCCUCAGCCCAGCAUGCAGAGAAGGACAGCCAAAUGAAACCCAAACUGGAGCGUAUUAUAGAAGUCCACAUCGAAAAAGGUAACCAAGCUGAGCCCACUGAAGUCAUUAUUAGAGAAACCAAAAAGCAUCCAGAGAAGGAGAUGUAUGUGUUUCAGAAAGACUUACCCCGGGGAGAUAUUAACCUAAAAGAUUUUCUGCCAGAAAAACACGAUGCUUUUCCUUGCCCAGAGGAACAGGGUCAGCAAGAAGAAGAAGAACUCACUGCCGAGGAGUCCUUGCCUUCCUACCUGGAGUCUUCCCGAGUAAACACUCCCGUGUCCCAAGAAGAAGACAGUCGCCCUAGUUCCGCUCAACUCAUAUCCGAUGACUCCUAUAAAACACUGAAGCUUCUGAGUCAGCACUCGAUAGAAUACCAUGACGAUGAGUUGUCAGAACUAAGAGGGGAGUCUUACAGGUUUGCUGAGAAAAUGCUUCUGUCAGACAAGCUAGACGUGUCUCACUCAGAUACUGAGGAGUCUAGCUCAGAGUUACAGGGGUCUGAUAAGCGGGCCAGAGAAAAAGUAGCCACUGCCCCCAAAAAAGAGAUUCUCUCCAAAAUCUAUAAAGAUGUGUCUGAAAAUGGUGUAGGGAAGGUGUCUAAAGAUGAGCAUUUUGAUAAAGUGACAGUAUUGCACUACCCUGGCGAUGUCGGUAGUCCCAAGCAUGCCAUGUGGAUGCGCUUCACUGAGGACAGACUAGACAGAGGUAGAGAGAAGUUGAUUUACGAAGAUAGGGUGGACAGGACCGUGAAGGAGGCGGAAGAGAAACUGACUGAAGUGUCACAGUUUUUUCGUGACAAAACCGAAAAGCUAAACGAUGAACUGCAGUCCCCCGAGAAAAAGCCGCGCCCGAGAAAUGGCAAAGAAUACUCUGCCCAGAGCCCCGAGAAGGGCCUGCUCACGGAACUGCUGGCGUCCAACGAGGAGUGGGUUAAGGCAAGGCAGCAUGGCCACGAUGGAGCAGGCUUCCCCAGGGCCGAGGAGAGGAGAGCACCCGGUGUCAGCCCGGAGAAACCGGCUCUUCUCCCCCCGCACGCUGGAGACGGCAAGCCCCCAGAGGAAACCAGAGGAGGCGUGGCCCAGAGCAAAGCACCCGAAGGGCCCCAGUCUGGAUUUCAGCUCAAACAAUCCAAACUCAGUUCCAUUCGAUUAAAAUUUGAACAAGGUGCGCACAUCAAAAGUAAGGACGUGUGCGACGAAGACAAGAGGCCGGAUGGCCAAUCCAGAAUCCCAGUUAAAAAACUCCAGGAGAGCAGGCUGCCUGUCCACCAAGCCUUUGCUAGAGAAAAACAGCAGAAGGGCGGCACAGACCUCGCAGAUCAAAGUGGAUCUGUGCAAAACGGUGCUCUGGUAUCGAAAGCUAAAGAUGAGGCUGCCCAAGGCGGCGAUGUGGUCGUGAACGAUGUUGGCUCCGAUGAGGCGACAAUACAGAGAACUGAGACGCCAAGUAAAGCCAUGCCGGAGCGUUUUUCUGGGCACCAGGCUGCAGACUUAGCGUGUCCUGUAACCUCAGACUUAGCCACUGCUAAGGGACCAUGGGACAAAAAGGUCUUUAGGACGUGGGAAAGUUCCGGAGCCAGUUACAAUAAGUCCCAAAAAGAAAAACUUUCACAUGUCCUCGUCCAUGAUGUGAGAGAGAGUCACCUGGGCCACCCCGAGAGUCAGAGUGUCGCUCAAAAGAACGAAUUUCUGUCUGUGACUGAGAGAGAACACAGAGUGUUAACCAAUGGCUCUCUCUCAGAAAUUAAGGAAAUGACUGUAAAAUCGCCCUCCAAAAAAGUCUUAUACAGGGAAUAUGUUGUUACGGACGGGGACCGUCCAGGCGGGCCUCCUGAGCAGCCGGCCAGGAGAGGCGAGAGCCCGGCCGUGUCGCACGGCCCGGUCCGCGUGGCCGAGGAGAGGAACGGGCUGCCUGCUAAUGGUCCCCACGCUUUCUGUGAGCCCGCGGCGCUUCCAAAACACGCACCUUCCCCCAAGCUGUCCCAGUCGAGUCUGAGUAAAGAGACAGUUGAGACAAAGCACUUUAAUUCCAUAGAAGAUGCAAAAGUCACCUACUCAGAAAUCAGCAAGGUGUCCAAACAGAGUUACGUAGGCUUGUGUCCACCUCUAGAGGAACCUGAAACCUCCCCCACCAAAUCUCCUGAUUCUUUAGAGUUUAGCCCAGGCCAGGAGUCGCCCUCUAGUGACGUAUUUGACCACAGUCCCAUGGACGGAUUGGAGAAACUUGCACCCCUAGCGCAGACAGAGGGAGGGAAGGAGAUAAAAACCUUGCCUGUGUAUGUGAGUUUCGUGCAAGUGGGGAAGCAAUAUGAAAAAGAGAUUCAACAAGGAAGUGUCAAAAAAAUCAUAAGUCAGGAGUGUAAGACAGUGCAAGAAACCAGGGGGACCUUUUACACAAGCAGGCAGCCGAAGCAGCCUCCCUCUCCCCAAGGUAGCCCAGAAGACGACACUCUAGAGCAAGUGUCCUUUCUAGACAGCUCUGGGAAAAGCCCUUUGACCCCGGAAACACCCAGUUCGGAGGAAGUAAGCUACGAGUUUACGUCUAAAACACCAGACUCGCUCAUAGCCUUCAUACCAGGCAAACCCAGUCCAAUUCCCGAGGUUUCUGAGGAAUCGGAGGAGGAGGAGCAGGCCAAGUCGACCUCCCUAAAGCAGCCCGCGGCGGAGGAAACCCCAGUCGCACGGGAAAUGCCCAAUGAGGUGGGCAGAGACUCUAGCCAAAGGCCUAAAACCAAUCGAGUUGCCUACAUUGAAUUUCCUCCUCCUCCCCCGCUGGAUGCAGAGCAGCUGGAAUCAGAGAAGCAGCCUUAUCGCCCCGAGAAGGAAGGUGAGCUGAUCGAAGUGAGCCUGCAAGAUGAACACGACAAGUACCAGCUGGCGGAACCGGUCAUCCGAGUGCAGCCACCGUCACCGGUCCCUCCGGGGGCCGAUGUCAGCGAUUCCAGCGAUGAUGAGUCCAUUUAUCAGCCGGUCCCAGUUAAAAAAUACACCUUCAAAUUAAAGGAGGUAGACGACGAUCAGAAAGAAAUGACGAAAUGCAAAGCGGCCGCCGCCAAGGCCGGCAACCAGAAGGAAUCGGAAAGUAAUGGAUCUGCCAAGGAGAAUGACUUUGGCCUCCCCCUUGACUCGCCUCAGAACGAAACGGCCCAGAAUGGGAACAACGACCAGUCCAUCACCGAGUGUUCCAUCGCCACCACCGCAGAAUUUUCCCACGAUACAGACGCCACCGAGAUCGACUCUCUGGAUGGCUACGACCUGCAAGAUGAAGACGAUGGUUUGACCGAGAGUGAUUCCAAGCUCCCAAGUCAGACCAUGGAAAUUAAGAAAGAUGUCUGGAACACAGAGGGCAUUCUGAAGCCAGCCGACCGCUCGUUUAGCCAGAGUAAACUGGAAGUUAUCGAGGAGGAGGGGAAGGUGGGACCAGAGGAGGAGAAGCCAUGUACGCAAAGUCCUUCCUCCGGAAAGACUGCUGAUAAGACUGAGCAGAAGUCCGGGGCCCAGUUCUUCACCCUAGAAGGCAGACAUCCCGACAGAUCAGUGUUUCCUGACACUUAUUUCAGUUACAAAGUAGACGAAGAAUUUGCCACUCCUUUUAAAACCGUAGCUACCAAAGGUCUAGAUUUCGACCCCUGGUCUAAUAACCGAGGGGACGAUGAAGUUUUUGACAGUAAGUCCCGGGACGAUGACACUAAGCCGUUUGGUCUGGCGGUGGAAGACCGCUCUCCAGCAACAACCCCUGAUACAACGCCAGCCAGAACGCCAACUGACGAAAGUACCCCAACUAGUGAGCCUAACCCCUUCCCAUUUCAUGAAGGAAAAAUGUUUGAGAUGACUCGCAGUGGUGCAAUUGACAUGAGCAAGAGGGAUUUUGUUGAAGAGAGGCUCCAAUUUUUCCAGAUUGGUGAGCAUACUUCUGAAGGGAAGUCAGGGGACCAGGGGGAAGGGGAUGAAACCAUGGUCACGGCCACACCACAGCCACAGGCAGGGGACACCGCUGUAGAAACCAAUCUAGAGAGAAAUGUAGAGGCACCUCCAGUGGAACCUCCCCCCAGCAUCCCGACCAGCGGAGAGGGUCAGGAAGACACAUCCGGUAGCGGCUCCCUGGAGAGAGCAGCGGCAGCGGCCACCAGCACCUCUAAAGUUGACCCCAAGUUGCGCACGCCCAUCAAAAUGGGAAUUUCUGCAUCCACCAUGACCAUGAAGAAAGAAGGCCCUGCAGAAGUACCAGAUAAGCUAGAAGCGGUGGCGACCAGUUGUCAGGGAUUAGAACACGAAGCUCUAAGCAUGACUGCAAAUGCAGCCAGUAGCCAGAUGGGCGUUAGGCCCCAAGAAAGACAUGAUUUUCAAAAAGAUAACUUUAAUAACAACAACAAUUUGGAUGCUUCCACCAUGCACACAGAUCACAUGACAAGUCAUGUAGUGCUCCCAGAACAUUCCGCACCCAGAUGUGCCACUGAGAAAGCUAAGCCAGUGAAAGGCUCCUCAGGAAAAAAGCCAGGGCUACCACACGGACACUGCACAAAAGAUAAGCAGAAAGUGCUCGGGGAGCAGCAAAGGACAAAGGAAUCCAUAGGGAUUAGGCGACAAUCCAAACUUCCCAUAAAGGCCACUGCACCAAAAGAUAACCUCCCACCCAACCAUAUGCCAAACCUUAAGGCAAGUAAAACGAAGCAGGUUAGUCCACCUGGGAAAACCACAACCCUUCCUUCUUCUUCAUGUGUAGAUGGAAAGUCCAGAAUCCCAGUAAAACACACACACAGGGAUAACACAGUCUCAGUUAGAAAAGCAUGUGCCACACAAAAACAAGAGCAGCCAGAGAAAGACAAGGCCAAACAGCUUCCGUCCAAGUUGCCAGUAAAGGUAAGAUCCACCUGUGUCACCACCACCACCACCACCACCACUGCCACGAGCACCAGCAGCAGCUGCAACAGCACCACCACCACCACCACCACCACCACCUCCACCACCACAGUUAAAGUCAGGAAAAGUCAGCUUAAGGAAGUAUGUAAACAUUCCAUUGAAUAUUUUAAGGGAAUUAGUGGCGAGACCUUAAAGCUUGUGGACCGCCUCUCUGAAGAAGACAGAAAGAUGCAGUCCGAGGUGUCCGAUGAGGAAGAGAGUACCUCAAGAAACACGUCGUUGUCCGAGACUUCCCGGGCUGGCAAGCCUUCAGUUACCACGAAGUCUGCUAGAGAUAAGAACACAGAGGCAGCGCCUUUAAAAUCAAAGAGUGAAAAGGCCGGCAGUGAGAGGAGGAGCAGUAGGAGGACUGGUCCACAGAGUCCAUGUGAGCGGACAGAUAUCAGGAUGGCAAUAGUAGCCGAUCACCUGGGACUUAGUUGGACAGAACUGGCAAGGGAACUGAAUUUUUCAGUGGAUGAAAUCAAUCAAAUACGUGUGGAAAAUCCAAAUUCUUUAAUUUCUCAAAGCUUCAUGUUAUUAAAAAAAUGGGUUACCAGAGACGGAAAAAAUGCUACAACUGAUGCCUUAACUUCGGUCUUGACAAAAAUUAAUCGAAUAGAUAUAGUGACUCUGCUAGAAGGACCAAUAUUUGAUUAUGGAAAUAUUUCAGGCACCAGAAGUUUUGCAGAUGAGAACAAUGUUUUCCAUGACCCGGUUGAUGGUUGGCAGAACGAGACAUCCGGCGGAAACGUAGAGUCUCCCGCACAGGCGCGAAGAAUCGCUGGUGGGUUACUCGAUCGGCUGGACGACAGCCCUGACCAAUGUAGAGAUUCCAUUACCUCAUAUCUGAAAGGAGAGCCUGGGCAAUUUGAAGCCAAUGGAAGCCAUGCAGAAGUCACUCCAGAAGCAAAGACAAAAUCUUACUUUCCAGAAUCCCAAAAUGAUAUAGGGAAACAGAGUGCUAAGGAAAUUCUCAAACCAAAAAUACACGGAUCCGGUCGUGUUGAGGAACCCGCAUCGCCACUAGCAGCAUAUCAGAAAUCUCUGGAAGAAACCAGCAAGCUUGUAAUAGAAGAGCCUAAACCCUGUGUGCCUGUCAGUAUGAAAAAGAUGAGUAGUAGGACUUGUCCUGCACAUGGCAAGCCGAGGCUUAACCUCCACGAAGAAGAGGGCUCCAGUGGGUCUGAGCAGAAGGUCAAAAGUCCGGGUGCAGCUCUUACGCGGAUGACGGCCUGCUGCUACAAGGACUGGAAAGGCAGUGAGAGCGAGUCGAGCUCAGAGGAAGAACACAGAGUCACUACCCGAAUUACUCGCCGGCGACUGAUUUUAAAGGGAGAGGAAGCCAAAAACAUUCCUGGUGAAUCUGUCACAGAAGAACAGUUCACUGAUGAAGAAGGCAACCUCAUCACCAGAAAAAUCACUCGGAAAGUAAUAAGGCGAAUUGUUGUCCCACAAGAGAGGAAACGUGAUGAUGUGCAGGGAGAAGCUUAUAAAGUGAAGGCAAAGAAAGAAGUCCGACCCGUGGAAAAGAAGAGCUACUCGUAAGAGUGAACGGUUAGUCAAGGGCGAAUCAUGUGUUUUACUGCCAGUAUUGAGAAAUUCGUGGACGAAAUAUCAGCAGGAAAGAAAAAUCCUGAGAAGACUACAUGUGUUUGCUGCUUCCACCAUUAAAAUGGCAUGAUUUUUUUUUACGCAAAAAGAAAAAAGAAAAAGAAAACCACUCACGUUUUAAUUUAGCAUGAGCCAAUUUACAGAGCAUGGAAACUCACUUUCAUUUCCAGGAUUGGCACGUGUGCAAUUAGCAAUGCAGUUGUAUAUACAAGAAGCCAUGCUGUUAACAGUUUAUCUCGAGUCAUUUGGUGUCAUUUACAAGAGGAAGAAACUCCUGCCUCCAGAAGGGACAGAAGGAGACGGAAUGAUCAAGUGACAGAGAAACACUAAAAUUACUAAAUCCACAACAGCUCGCCUUAUUUUUCUUGGACCCAAACUGUCAGGGUAUAAACACUAUUUGUUUCUUUUUUAAAACAUGGAUCAUUUUGCUGUAAAUACUAACACUGUAUAAAUCCUAACAGAAGAAUAGAAUAAAUGCUGAUAAGGCACUGCCUCUUAGAACACAAACCAGAAUAUUGCAGAUGCAUUUAACCUAACAGGGGUCUCAAGAGACUUCACCCUAGAAGAGGAGGGAGGGGAUCUGGGUGGGGGGGCUCUUCACUGAUUCUUGUAUAUUAGCAAUUAUAAUGUUUGUAUAUGCAAAACUGCUAGCUUGAUUUUAAAAACUUUAAAAUCUGCUGCAAAUUUAAAUAAUUCCCAAAAUGAGGAAUUCUGUAGUUCUGUGAAAAAAUUUUUUCUUCAGAAUACUAAUAUUUUGAUGCAUGUGUAUCACCUUAUUUUGAUUAAACCUUUUCCAAUUUUGCAAACACUACAGUAUACUGCAACACAGAAGAUUUUAUCUGGAAACACAAAGCCCUUCAUCUAAUAUUUGUUGCUAUUGCCAAUUUUUCAAUGAAAUGACCUAAAAACUACAACAAAAAAAAUUUAACCUAUACAGUAGUUGCUUUAGGGGGUGGGGGGUUGCUAACUGUUAGUGCUUACAAGGGGGAAAUGCUUGCCGCUGUAGGGGUGGAUGUGCUCAGAAGAGGCCCCAGUGGGGGGUAAUUAAAAUGGACUGAACUGAAACCCUUAGCUAGUAGAGGGGCAGCACGCUGUCAAAUUAUUCCUGUAUCGUGUACUGGCUAAAAGAUGUAGACACCUUUCCGUAAGCCAAUCAUUUGUAACCAUUCUAGCAGUGUCAUACUAGGUUUCUAAGGCUGCUGUGUUUUCAAGGGCAUUUUUAUUUGGGUUUUGGUGAAAUUCUUUACUUUGUUGAUUAUAAUCACAUAAAAUCGGCAUUCAUGGACACCUAGCUCUAAUGACAUAUGUAUGAAAACCCAUACACUGGAUGACCUAGUCGAUUAUUUAAGCAUAAAAUAAAUUGUGUUAAACUCUUCAUCUAUCUGCGCCCUCCAGUGUCCUUGUGUUGUCUGGCAGAAGGCGUUGUUCUGACCUCUUGUGCUGUGAAUCCUAGUGGCACUAAUCUACCCUCCAGUCCUGUCUGUGCCCCUGUGGUCCCCCAAGAGCCAGUCCCUAGUAUUCAAUGCUGCCUUCACAUUUCCAGCUUAGAAAGUACUGUGCAUCUCGUGGAGGAGUCAGGAAUGAACGAUUAAGGGACUAUCUCUGCCCACAUCUGCUUCCAAAAAGUGGGGGGAGUGGGACCAGAAGAGCUGACUCAUCAAGACGCUGUCCACAGGCACCUCUGAGCUCCAUCUGACCAGCACUUGCUUUUAUUCCAUAAAGCCUGUCUUUCAGUUGGCAUUCAUUUGCACUCUUUACAAGACGGGAGAUGGCAUAUGGUAACUCGAGUUCCUAACUUCACCUUCAAAUCAAGUUUUGGCAACCAUGGGCUUCCUGCCCCGAAGCCCACAUCCCACUCCGGGCAGUUGUCUCUGCCUGCUCCAGCCAGGUGUGUGGUCUGUAGGUACCACAGUCCCAUUUCUUGCAUUUAUGUGUUGGCACUGCAGUUUGCAGCCCAUACCCUUCAAGAGUCUAAAUUCUACAGGGGUGGAUAGGAUGACUGCUUUAUUUUUUUAUUCCAGCCCGCAGCAUGGCAUAUAUAGUAGUGGCCAUAACCGUCGUCAUUGCUAAAACUGGAAUGAUCACCGUGUGCCAUUCCCUGUCCUAAACACAUCCCAUUUAUUAACUCAUUUUGUCUUCAUAACCACUUUGAGUUAGGUACUGACUUGGAAACUAAUAGCCAUCCUAUAAAAUUAAAUGAUUGCUCAGAGCCAUUCAGCAAGGUCGUAUAUAUUGCCUGUCCAUUAAAGUCACUGCCAAAUGGGGUAAGGUCUUUCCAAGAGAGAUCUGUUGUCAGUGCAGAAGGCAUGUAUGGAAAACCUAUGCUAGACUGCAUUUUGCAUGGUGUCCCAACAUGCCCCGAUCCUUGCAGCAAAAUCCUAUGAACAAGCUGAGACCCCUCAAGGGAUAGAACAACAAACCUUGCUCAAAAAGUUUUUCUUUAAACCAGGAUCACAACUCAGGUAUUCUAACUUCUCCUCUAAGUUAUAAAUUCCUGACACCUGAUCCUUUCCAGAGGUGUUUAUCCUGAACUAGAAAUUGAAUGGUAUGUACUUGUCUAGCUGUCAAAGGAUAAUGUUUAUAUACCUGAAAAUUUGACUUUAGGAAUAUGUGAUAGGUUAAGCUUCUGGUGGGGAAAAAAAGUCAUGAAUUUACUCAGAAGUACCCAAAAUAUGACAGAAUUUUAUUUGCUUAUAUGUAUAUAUGUACAAUUUCUAUGUAUACAUGGAUUGAACAGAACAUACAUUAUUUAUGCCUAAUAUAAUCCUUGGCCUGCUAGCUUAUGAAAAUGUAUUUAAGCUUUUCAUUGACUGACAUUCCUGUUUAAAAAAAAAAAAAAGAACUGUGGUUGAUAAAUUCCUGGUAUUUGCUCUAUUUUUCCAUGCUAUAUUCCUACCGACUUCCUGAGUUUGUUACACUGUGUUAUCGAUAUAUUGCCACCUUAUGGCCACAGACUGUACAGGACCGUCUCACCACUUCCAAGAGGGAUCUGCUGCCUUCAUGAACUAAGCAUCCAGCCUCCUUUCCUCUGUAAACAAGGACCGCUCUGGCAGCCUGCCAUUCCACCACGCUCACCUUGCUGUCAUCCUGGGGUUACAUCAAGGCUUAAGUUUUUCUCCAUUUCAAAUAAACAGAAAAAGGUC